AUGUCGACCAGGAAAUUUUCAAGAAGCAGUUCUGUCCGUGUGCCCACAUCAAAUGGUUCAGCUAUACAGAUUCAGCAUUGUGGAUGGUUGCGAAAACAAGGUGGCAAAUUUCGCACAUGGAAGCGCCGCUUUUUCGUCCUGCGUCAGGGCAGUUUAGAGUACUACACAGACUCAGAGCAAAUACGACUCAUUGGAGCUCUAGAAAUCGGUCCCCCUGAUAUCAUGGAGGUUGUGGCCUGUGAGACGGACGUCACCGCUGAUGAUAAAGCUUUCAAUUUUAUCGUUAAAAAGUCUAAAACUUGGGGAUCCGAGCAGAAGCAGUCGUUGGUUCUGAGUGCUUCAUCAGCAGACGAACGAAGGGAUUGGAUUCGGGCUCUCCGGAAACAGCUCUACCUCAAACUUGGUGGUGGGCUCUUCGGCACGCAUCUCUCCGAAGUGUUCGCCUACACCUCGCCUGAGACCAAAUAUGUCCCCCGGGUUGUCUACAAAACUGCCGAAUUCAUCCGACAGUACGGGCUGACUACGGAUGGCAUUUUUCGGAAGUGUGGUUCACGACACGUGAUAGAGGAACUCUGCGAUGCCUACGAUAUGGCCCGACCGGACCCGAUUCUCCGUGCCAACGAACACGACGCUCACGCAGCCGCAGGAGUGCUAAAGCAGUACCUCCGUGAGUUGCCUGAACCCGUGAUUCCCUAUCGCCAGUACGACCGACUCAAAGCAACUGGUUACCUUAUUGAGGAUGGACAGGACCUCAAACCCAUCAUAGAUCAGCUCGAGUGUUUGCCCGCACCCAACUACAGACUCCUUCAGUUCCUUUGUCAACUGCUGUCUGAGACCGCAGCUCGGACAGUGCGUAGCGGUCGAUUCCGUAUGCGCUUGCGUGGGGUCACUGCACCGAAAAGUCAUAUUUCCAGUCUAUGCGUCAUCAUUGACCUUUGGACGGCUUACUGCGGCUGCAGUCUGAUGGACAACUCAAACUCACAGUCACGAGGGCAAAUCCGGUUCUCCCAUGAUUGGCGUCGUGCGACCACACUCUCUCGACAAUCCACCACCACUGAUGUUUCCCCCAACCGCCGUCUUAACGGGCGCACCACCUCCGCUGAUCGCGAUUCCUCCUCCGGCGAGCUCGGAGGCAAUCUACAGGUGGCAAAGAGAGGCUCCUCUUCACCUGCAGACGGCAGUGGCGUUUUAGCUGCCUCUGAGGCCUCAUUGGAGACCGCAGCAGAGCAGUUGCGCCACUGGCGCUCGGUAGCAUUGGUAGCACGUGCCGAGGCGGUAUGCGAGCGCGCCAAGUCUCGCGCCCUAACCGCCGAGCUGGCGCGAGCUCGCUGCGACCUUAACAUGGCGGAAACGGAGCUGGGUCUGCUACGCAAACGCCUCUCCCUUCUCGAGUCCUCACUGGCUGCCUCUCGUUCCGGUGGUUUUGGUGCGGUCAGUGGUGUGGGUUCCACUACCUCCGUCCCACGCGACCUGCGAUACCCACCACCGAGCAAGCGCACACACGCACGUAUUCACGGAGCCGCCCAUCAGGGUGUCUCAGACGACGAGCGCAAAUUGCAACCACUGCCACCACCGCCACCGCCACUGCUAUUAGUGUUGCUGCUGUACAGGAAUCGGGUAGGCAUUAAAUAA